GCGACAUUUUCCGGUGUUGUGAAUUCACGUGGAGUAUUUUAAAGCAAGCGCCAUCAAGCACACAAGUUGUUAUUGCACACGAGUGAAGUCACCAAAAUGAAACAAAAGGAAGGAGUAAUAAAACCUAAGACGAAGAGGGCUAAGCGCUUUCUUGACAACAGAGCUCCCAAGCUUACAGAGAACGUCAAGAAUGCCAUGAUCAUGAAAGGAGGCAACACCAGUAUGACUGUCACUCAGGCACUGAAGGACAUUUAUGCCCUGAAGAAACCAAGUGCUGUAUUGUACAAAAAGAAAAAUAUAACCAGGCCAUUUGAAGAUUCUUCAUCAUUGGAAUUCUUCUCGAAGAAAACGGAUAGCUCGCUGUUUUUGUUUGGCUCGCACAACAAGAAAAGGCCAAACAAUCUGAUAUUUGGUCGUCUGUUUGAUUUCCACGUGCUGGAUAUGAUUGAGCUGGGCAUUGAGAAGUAUAACUCCUUGAGUGCGAUCAAGAACAGCAAAUGUCCUGAGGGGACCAAACCGAUGCUGGUGUUUGCAGGGGAGGCUUUUGACCAUGAUGAUGACCACAAACGCCUAAAGAGCCUUCUUACAGACUUCUUCAGGGGUCCCGUUGUGCCUUCAGUGCGUCUAGCUGGUCUGGAGCAUGUCCUGCACUUCACUGCUCUGGAGGGGAAAAUCUACAUGCGCAGCUACAGAUCUCUGUUGAAGAAGUCUGGAUGUCGUACACCAAGGAUUGAGCUGGAGGAGAUUGGGCCGUCUUUUGACUUUGUCUUGCGGAGAACACACCUGGCAUCAGACGACCUCUACAAGACAGCUCACAGACAGCCCAAGGCUCUGAAGCCCAAGAAGAAGAAGAACAUAUCCCAUGAUACCUUUGGUACCAAGUUUGGCAGGUUGCACAUGCAGAAGCAGGAUCUGGCCAAGCUCCAGACACGUAAGAUGAAGGGUCUGAGGAAGAGGAGGGGCCCGGCAGCCGCUGCGGAGGGAGAGACGUCCUCGAAAACAGCCAAAGUAGAAGUGGAGUGAAGUCUUCCCAGGCUUUAAAGGACAUUUCACGUCACGCUAACUGUGAAUGUUGACCGAUGUCUUCAGAAUUAUCAUUAAUUAUGAAAGAAUUUCCCCCCAUACAUGUUUACCUUCUGCAGGUAUGUUUGUCAAUGUCUCUUGUUAAUGACAUGAAAAUUAUCUUCAUUCUGUUGCUCAUUUUGCUUAAUCUGGAAAUGCUUUGUGUGAAAGGCAAGCCUGUCAGAUGUAUGUGGAUAAGAACAUUUAAAAAAAUGCGUAGUUUAAUAAGAUGUCAUUGUUCUAAAAUAAAACUAAUAUUUUCUGUA